CUGUAGCGCCAGCCCUGACCUGGCGAAGCGAUGGAGGGGACUUAACGAGCGGUGAGUGACAGUCCCGCCGUUAAUACAUCAGGGAGGCAGCAAAAAGGUAUAGGCACAGCGCUCAGGACGAAGCGGGACCAUGCACAAUGUUAAUUCGUUAAAGUGCCACAUCAUACAUCGUGAUGAUGCGGUACCAGCAGCAGUUAGCGUGCGCUAUUUGCUGAAUGCACAUAGCGCCCCAUCAUACAUCUGCCCCAAAGUUACACGUGACACUCCUCUCCUUCCUUGUUUAUUGUCUCCAUCUAAUUCUCACCACAGUGCCAGCCUAUUGUAGUGUGCUACCCACCACCUUUCUCCCUCCUCCGGCCCGCCCCUCCCUCCUCUGUACAGCCACCGCCUCCUCCCAUUCACGCUGUGUGCUGGAGCAGUGGAGCUGUCCCCGGCACUGUGGUGCUGAGCAGCCGGGCUCGGUGUAACAUCAGCUGCUCCCUCUGUGCUCUCAGCAGCCUAUGGCAGGAAGCGAGCAGGGUGCACAGGCAUGAGCGAGCCCAGCAGCUCCCUGCUCAGUGCGGAGGAGACCCGGAGACCUCAUCAUAGAUACCAGCUGCCCCAUGAGGCUGAUCCAAGCUUCAGGAGGCCUCUCUGUCACCCCCGGGAUAGUGCUCUGGCAGGGGGAAGGAGACGUCAGUCCCCACGGGCCACCGAGAGCCCCCCAAUAAUGAGAAGACUUCCUGAGCAAGAGGGAGGCAGGAGAAUCAGGCACCCCAGUAACCCACAUUAUCAUCAGUACACCGAUAAUCACCAUCGGCACCCAUCCAUUUACUCCCAGUAUCCUUCUAGUAACUACCAGUCCAGCAGCCCACCUCUGGAUCACCACAGUCGUAUUCAGCAUCACCCCAAUUACCAAAGUCAUCACCAGCAUACCCCCACUCACCACCCUCACCAUGGUCAUCCCCAAAGCACCCAUGUCCCCGGACACAUGAUGCCACCCGGUCACAGGCAGUCUCCCAGCCCCAAGCAGCAAUCCCCUAGCCCCAGACACCAUGAACACAGUCACAGGCAACAGCAGCCCAGCCAUAGGGACUACCCAGCUAGUUCCAGAGAGCACACACCGAGCCCCAAACAGAUCAUCUCUCCUAGUCACAGGCAGCAGCCAGAGAGCAGCCACGAGCAGAGGGCAAGGAGGAAGGAGCCUGGGAAGGGUCCAGAAGCUGCCACCACCCAGCAGCCUGCAGCCAAUGACCUUCCCCCGACCAAGAGCAGCGACAGUGACCCUGAGCCGGACUCCGAGCCCCUGUUUGUGGAACUGCACCCCAUCCUCAGCUCUGUGUUUGGACAGGACAGAGAGCUACGUCCAGAAGAGAUUGAAGAACUUAGGGAAGCCUUUAAGGAGUUUGACAAAGACAAAGAUGGAUACAUCAGCUGCAAGGACCUAGGCGAUUGUAUGAGGACCAUGGGAUACAUGCCAACGGAGAUGGAGUUAAUAGAACUGUCUCAACAAAUCAAUAUGAACCUUGGAGGACAUGUGGACUUUGAUGAUUUUGUGGAGCUUAUGGGUCCUAAGCUUCUUGCAGAGACAGCUGAUAUGAUUGGUGUGAAGGAGCUUCGUGAUGCCUUCAAGGAGUUUGACACCAACGGGGAUGGAGAGAUCAGUACAACUGAAUUACGGGAGGCCAUGAAAAAGCUGCUUGGACAACAGGUUGGUCACAGGGACAUUGAAGAUAUAAUUCGUGAUGUUGAUCUCAAUGGAGAUGGACAAGUGGACUUUGAAGAGUUUGUCCGUAUGAUGUCUCGCUGAGUUCUGGGGAGGUAGCAUCUAUGACACCCAUCUGAUCUGAAUGCACCUUUUUGGUGAAGCUGUGACUUAGUCCACCCAGUAAAGUCAUGGACUUGGCAGGGCAGUGUCCACAACAGCCAUAUUGUCCCUACCCUGGAGGUGCUGUGCCCAUGCCGCUUCUCAGUAUUUUUAUUAUGGGAUAAAGCAUUCUUCCUGUUACUCCUGCUGCUCUGACUCAUUAUGUGCCAUCCCACACCUAUAAAUGUGAUACCCUGCAUGGGGCAACUUUCUGACUGUUGGGUGGCAUAAAGGAGCCUACAGACUGAUGUGAAAGACAACCCUGUGUGUGCAUGAACUGGCACCCUUCAUGUGACUUAUCUCAUAGAGGAUUUGUGCAAUAAUAGAAUAGAGUUUUCUUCCCGGAAUUUUCAGGAUGUCUAAUAUUCAUCAAUAAUCUUGUGGACUAACAGUGAAAGAAAAAUGUGAUGUGUAGAAUUCAGCUAUGAGCAGAGAUAUGGAUACACUGGGGUUCUCUACACUCAUCCAACCAAAUAGUCACCUUAGAAUCAUCUGAUGAUCUAAGAAAAAAGGAAAAUAAGCAAUUUAGCAGUUGACGGGUAUUUAAUAGCAUGAUGAAUAAUAAUGCUAAAGGUAGAACACAUUAUAGAGGGGGGGGGGGGGUCAGAAGGCACAACAUGGUUCUACCACAUUUCCUUCGCAGGUAAACUAAUCAUAUGACACUAGGCAUAUAGUAGAUAGCUGUGACCAUAGGACACCAAAGCUAAGGUGUUUCUGUAGCUGAAUAAACCAAACCAAGACAUCUAAGUUCUUUAUUCACAACCAGAAUCUGAGAUUUUUAAAUAUCAUUAAUUAUACUGUCUCCUGACAAAAGAGUCAAUAUCAUUUCUCUCAAUGGUUUUUGAGAUCAUAAAGGUUCCCUGCUUCAUGAAAUAAGACAGUGUAACCUUCAGCCUUGAACAGGCCAUUCACAUUACCAAGAUGUCCACCACAGUUCUCAGGGUAGUUUGUGUCUUUAGUAUGUGAGAGACAAGGAAAACGUGGUAAAUUGUUGCCCCUAUUAUGCUUACAGACACUUAUAUUACAGAAGGAAUUGCAUGUUACAUAUUGUACAUGACUUCCGGGUUUCGUUAUCCUAGUCGUUCCGUUAUACUUCCUCCUGCACUACUUACCUUUAUAUUAUACUUGUACUUUGAAUACUGUGUGUAUGUAUAUUUAUGUGUUUUGUGUCUUAUGAUGAACGUAUUCAUUUACCCAUCCAGUAUUCUACUUGAUUUAAUGGUUUUAAUGGUCUGGUUUUAAAAAAACCAACAGUGCCAACUGCAUCGUUAAUGGUCCAAUGCAAUCAUAUCUGUGUAUUGUAUGUGCAUGCAUCUUUUACCUUGUACUCCCUUCACAUUUAUGCUUUACGGCUGUAACUGCACUGAUGCACACAAACACAUCAACAUUGUAUAGCACAAGUUCUUUUCCCAAGUGAUUUGGCGAAAUACAUAUUAUAUUCCGUUACAAUUCAUGGAAAUUGUGUCUCUGUAACUCUCACCAGCCAUCACAAAGAUUUUCUUUUUCUUUUUUUUUUAAACCAAAUUUUUUUUUUGCUGAAAUGUCAUUUCAAAUCCUUCAUUAAAAUAGUUGGUCUGUAUAUAGUAUGUUGCUGUUAAUACAAUGCAUUAAAAGAAGUAAAACAAAAUAAAUUGUUAUAUAAACAAA